AUGGUGUGCUACCGCUGCGGUGGUAUGGGCCAUACGAGCCGCGACUGCCCAAAGCCGGUCUCCGAGAGUCUCUGCUUCCGCUGCGGGGAGCCCGGCCACAUGUGGAAGGAGUGCCCCAGCGACGUAGACGUGAAAGACGCGCCGUGCUUCUUCUGCCACGAGCCCGGACACCGCGCCCACAGCUGCCCACUCGCCCCGCCGGAGGAGACGCGGCAGCCGUGCUACCGCUGCGGCGAGGAGGGUCACAUCUCGCGUGACUGCACCAAUCCCCGCCUGCCGCGCUCUGAGCAGCCGUGCUUUCAUUGCCACAAGACAGGCCACUACGCCCGUGAGUGCCCCGACGCCAUUGAGAAGGUGAAGUGCAACAACUGUGGUCUCGCCGGCCACAUCGCGAAGCGGUGCCCAGAGCGUGCAAAGUUGCCCAAGGCAUCGCUGCCAUGCUUCCGCUGCGGCGUACAGGGCCACCUCGCACGCACCUGCCCUAAUCCGCGGCUGCCCGUUGAGGAGCAGCCGUGUUACCACUGCGGGCAGAAGGGACACCUCGCACGUGACUGCAAGUCAACAGCCACUAUGAUUGUCUAA